AUGGAAUCGGUUGUUAAGGUAUUGUUGCAGUUGAGUAAGGAGUUGGGUAAGGACUACGACGGCAGGGAUACACCUUCUAAAAAGGAAUUGGCUGCCGUAGUGUCCCGCUUGGAGCGGGAGGGGGUGUGUGAGGACCCCAGGGAUAUUUUGAAUCCCCAGAAGUGGGAUGAGAUUACUUUGCUGCUUGAAUCCCCAGAAGGAAGAGAGCAGUGGGGGGGAGGCAGAAGCAGCUUCGUUCUGGGAAACGAAGGCACACUAACAGACUGGGGAAAGAUCAGGUCUAGUCUGAUAGAUGAAGGAAGAUCAUUGGAAGUUUUCCCGGUUGUUAUAAACAAUAAAGGAAACCCUGAGUGGGUACCUCUUGAUCCAAAGGGCAUUACCUGCCUGCUAGACUGCGUGGAGAAGCGAAGCUUGAACUCACCCCUCACCCUGAAUGCCUUAGAGGCCAUGACAUCUGUAGGUCCCCUUCUCCCUCACAACAUAACGAAUUUGAUGCGUAUAGUGCUGUCUCCAGUACAGUAUACAUUAUGGUCCUCAGAGUGGAUGACAGGAUUGCGAGCAGCUAUAGGGGCUGUGGAAUCAAUUCCCGACCACCCAUUACAUGAGUCCUCAUUAAUGCGCUUGGUGGGAAUGGUCAGGGGAAUGGAAACCCCCCAAAGACAAGUAGCCAGGCUUAGGCCAGGGGAGCUUAUAGCAGCUACAGAUGCGAUGAUUCAAGCGUUUAAGAGAGUAGCCAAGGGUGUGGAGCCUGUGGACCCUUGGACCAAAAUGAUCCAGGGGCCGACGGAAUCAUUCUCUGCUUUUGCGGACAGGCUCCUGAAGGCCAUACAGGGGUCAGAACUCCUGAAAUCAGCCCAAGGUCCAGUUAUUAUGGACUGUCUCCAGCAGCAGAGCCAGCUGGAAGUCAGGGAACUUCUCCGUGCUGCUCCACAGCUUAGUACGCCUGGGGAGAUGAUCAAGUAUAUUCUGGAUAAGCAAAAGGCAGCAUCUCUGACCAAUGAAGGGUUAGCGGCGGCUAUUGUCGCUGCUGUUGGGGCACGACAGCCCUAGGGGCCAUGUUAUGGGUGCGGCCAAGCGGGUCACAUUAAGGCA